CCCUCCUCCUCCCCCUCCGGCAGCUGAGAGCGUUUCCCCGCAGCCACACUUGUCCGUCUCAGCCUCUGCCACCUCGGGGGCUUCAUCCACUCUCUCUGUUUCGCACCAGCCGUCUGAUGCAGCUCUUUGAUCUGGUGAGCGGCAGGGGAAGGGGGAAGGGGGAAGGUAUGGCAAUGUUUUAUUUUCAGAUGAUUAACAAGCCAGGCGCGUUGGACCUUCUCGCAGUAUAAAGCUCAGCGCUCUCCCGAGUUACUGCACAGCGGCCGAGAGAGAAUGGGCACUGCUUCCAAAUGAGAUGAAAGACAGUUGAAGCUGAUAAUAUCUGGCGCCCACUUGCAGCUUGCUCGGAUUAUACUCAAGAUAUAGAUACUGACACAUUCAAGACCACAAUCCAACUUUAAAAUGCAGCACAAAUGGGACACUUAUGAAGAAAGAUAAAGAAUACUCUGGAAAAUAUGAUACAAGCAACAAUUAUGAUAUGAACAGCAACAUAUAAAGAAGACGAAUCAUAUCAAGAUUUCCCUGCAGUCUGUAACAUCCAAUGGCAAAAAAUAGUUAUUUCCUUACAAUAUGGAAUAUUUUGCAUCUGUAAAUUUAAUGUUAGUGUAUGAAUGUAAUAGCAUUAAGUUUUUGCCCAGAAGGGAAUGAGUGACAUUUUCACAAUGAUUGGAUGUAAUAGCACUCUUUUAGAGAGAUGUAUCCCAGAGAUUUUAAAUGCGACCAAUCCACUUGUGAAUUCAAGCAAGACAAAUCUUCACAUCUUUAUAAGGAUAAUAUUAGCAGUAGUGAUGAUGUCAAUGAUUGCAAUUGGUUUCUUUGGCAAUGCAAUAGUGUGUUUAAUUGUGUACCAGAAACCUGCAAUGCGCUCAGCCAUCAACCUGCUCUUGGCCACCCUUGCAUUUUCUGACAUUAUGUUAUCGUUGCUGUGCAUGCCUUUCACCACAAUCACCAUCAUUACAGUCGAAUGGAUCUUUGGAGGUUACUUUUGCCGGAUAUCUGCGAUGUUUUACUGGUUCUUUGUCCUGGAAGGCGUGGCGAUACUUCUGAUCAUCAGUGUUGACCGUUACCUAAUCAUCGUGCAGCGACAAGACAAGCUGAACCCUCAUCGUACCAAAGUGAUGAUCGCCAUUUCAUGGGCAGUCUCCUUCUGUAUCUCCUUUCCAUCGGUGGUUGGCUGGACUGUGGUGGAGGUACCUACUCGGGCACCCCAGUGUGUCCUGGGCUAUUCAGAGACAUGGGCCGACCGUGUUUACGCAGUGUUCUUGCUGGUGACCAUUUUCUUUGUUCCUUUCAGCGUGAUGCUGUACGCCUACCUCUGCAUUCUGAACACAGUGCGAAGAAACGCAGUACAGAUCCACAACCACACGGACAACCUCUGCUUAAAUCAAGUCAGCAAGCUGGGACUGAUGGGCGUGCAACGUCCUCAUCGAAUAAAUGUUGACAUGAGCUUCAAAACCCGAGCCUUCUCGACGAUUUUAAUCCUCUUCAUCGGCUUUUCAUUUUGCUGGAUGCCCUACACAGUGUACGGUCUCCUUUCUGUAUUCAACAAAAACUUUUACCACAGUCAAUCCUUCUACGCCAUUAGCGCCUGGUUCUUGUGGCUGACUUACCUGAAGUCGGUCUUCAACCCCAUUAUCUACUGUUGGCGGAUCAAGAAAUUCAGGGAGUCUUGUGUGGAAUUUAUGCCGAAAACGUUCAGAAUCCUACCAAAGCUGCCUGGGAGGACAAAACGGAGAAUCCGUCCCAGUACAAAUUAUAUUUGUAAUGAUCUUCAGUCAGCCGUAUAAAUUAAACCUUUGUACAAUGUCUUUAGAAAACAUUAGAAAGUAGAAUAUUUUCCUGUGAUGUGCACUUGCCAUUCAUUGUACAAAACUGAUCUGCUCUUCUCAGGACUAGUUGCUACCAUUAUUGCAAUUUAUUAAUAUUGCUGAACUCUUUAUCAGUGUUUACAUAAAUGUGUUACCUGUACAAUUAUUCUUCUAGUUACAUUACAAAGACUCAUUGAAAGCAA